CUUCGAGCCAUCGAUCGAGAACGAGAACUGUGACAAAAGCAUUAUAUUAUGUAUAGAAUCAGAAAGCCUGAUCUUUUUCAUUCAUCGAGGCUUUCAACGAGAUCAUCCGUACGGACAUGCACACAGCUCCCUGCUGCAGCAGCAGUAGCCCCAAAACGCGUUCCAGUACGCUUCUGCUGCAGUACCGUCGAUAGUACUACACAAUCAGCGAGCCAAGACAGCAAGAAGUUGGCAGAGAAUGUUCAAACAGUGAAGCAACUGGAGCGCUUACUCGAACCCAUUCAUGACACCAGUGCCUCAUCCUUGCCGUACCGGUUCAUGCCGGCCAGACCGGGAAAGCUUGGGAAGAAAUGGAUGGAGUACCAAGGUGUUAGAAACUGGGACGGCUUGCUCGACCCUCUGGACGACAAUUUGCGCCGAGAGAUUCUCCGAUACGGCCAGUUCGUGGAAGCUACGUAUAAAUCCUUCGACUUCGACCCUUCCUCGCCUUCAUACGGCACCUGCAUGUUCCCCAGAAGAUCACUGUUAGAACGAGCGGGCUUACCAGAGACCGGUUAUCGUUUGACCAGGAAUCUACGUGUGACCUCCGGUAUUCAACUACCACGUUGGAUGGAAAGGGCACCCAACUGGGUUGCGACCCAGUCCAGUUGGAUUGGCUAUGUGGCAGUCUGUCAAGACAAAGGUGAAAUCUCCAGGCUAGGACGUCGAGACGUGGUGAUUGCUUACAGAGGCACCACCACGUGCUUGGAGUGGCUGGAGAAUCUGCGCGCCACCCUGACCCACCUUCCCGGUGCUGGUUCAGACGACCUCGGGUCAUCAUGCGGACCAAUGGUGGAGAGCGGUUUCCUAAGCCUCUACACCUCCGGAACCGCAGGCUCACCCAGCCUCCAACACAUGGUGCGACAAGAAAUCUCCCGGCUCAUCCAAUCGUACGGCCACGAGCCCCUGAGCUUGACCAUAACCGGGCACAGCCUUGGCGCUGCCCUAGCGACUCUCACCGCGUACGACAUCAAGACCACCUUGGAACGGGCACCGGAGCUAGUCACGGUCAUCUCCUUCGGCGGGCCACGCGUCGGGAACUUGAAAUUCAGGCAACUCCUAGAAAGACAAGGCACCAAAGUUCUACGUAUUGUGAACUCGGAAGACCUAAUAACCAAACUACCAGGCUUCGUUAUAAAUGAUAGCAAUGACGGCGUGCCGUACAAUCAUAGCAUCCACGUGGCAGCUGGCCUUCCUAGCUGGAUCCAAAAGCGUGUGGAGGAGACGCAGUUGAUGUACGCGGAGGUUGGGCGGGAGCUACGGCUGAGCAGUAGAGACUCCCCUUACCUCAGCGGCUUCAACGUCGCCACCUGUCACGAGCUCAAGACAUACCUCCACCUGGUCGACAGCUUCGUGGGCUCCGCUAGCUUGCCCUUUCAGAGCAAAACUUCAGUUAAAAAGAAAAUAGAAAUGAUAUUCCGAAAGUGUAUGUAA